CGUAGGGGCGCGCAGGGGCGCAGAGGCGAGAGGACGCGAUCGCGCGUGCGCGAGCAUCCGGCUUUCUCCCGAGCCGUCGGAGGGAGCGGGUAGCUGCUCCUCAGUUGGUGAUUGAACAUCUCUGCAACAUGCACAAGUCAAUGAGUGGUGAAAACCAGCAGAACUAAAGGGUCAUAUGGAUGUAAGUGCAUUUGAAGGCUCUCACACCCACUUCUCCAGGUGGAAAACUUUCUACAUUCUUGCAAGGCCGGCAUGUGGUCCUCCCUGAAAGACAGUGCCUUGUUCUAAGAGGAUACAGUGGAAAAUCUGUGUGUUACCACCAAGAGGGGGUAUCAGAGACAGAAUCAUGAAUAAACUGGAGGAUAAGCAAGACCAGAUGAUACCAUGAAGAGAAGUUUACAGGCCCUCUAUUGCCAACUAUUAAGCUUCCUCCUGCUCAUGGCGCUGACAGAAGCUCUGAGACUUGCCACCCAGGACCUGUCUCCUCUUCAGGUCCCCCCGUCAGCCAGCACCCCCGGCACCAUGGUGACCGUGCCCCUCAGCCACCCCAGAAACUCCUUGCAGGCGGCUACCCCUACCUCCGCACUGACCCCUCAGCCGGACAGACCCCACUCACAGGCAGCAGCCCCUCAUCCAGCUGGACCCCCUUCAGUGGCAGCUACCCCUCACUCUGCAGCUCCCCUCCUGGCUGCCACAGCAAACCUGCUGCCCCACUCUGAGCCUUGGCCUCCCGGGGAAACUGUGUCCACCCUCCUGCCUACUGAGCCAAAGGGGGCCACCGGCCGCCCCACCUCAGCACCCCUCAGGCCCACCACACGCAGGCCCCGGCCCCCUGGCUCUUCUCGGAGGGGUGCAGGGGGCUCACCGCGCCCUGGGACACCUGCUCCCAGUGGUCACUCGGCAAGGAAGGAAGGCCUGUGGGGACGGCACCAGGGCACCCCGAGUCCUGGCCAGAAGCGGCCCCUGGGGAAGAUCUUUCAGAUCUACAAAGGCAACUUCACGGGAUCCCUGGAGCCUAACCCCUCCACUCUCACACCUAGGACCCCACUCUGGGCUGUGUCUUCCUCCCCACAACCCCAGACAGUGGGCACCACCACAGUGCCCAGCAGGACCUCAUGGGGCCGCCCCACCCGCCCCCUGGUGCCUAUGGACCCGCAGCCAGGCCCAGACCGGGUAGACCAGGGGGCGCCCCCCACCUUCCCUGGCCAAGGAGGGUGGCCCGAUGCUCCAGCAGCCUCAGGUGCACCGGCCAGCCCCCAGCCUGCCCCAGUGCCUUCUCUGCACCCCCGUGGUGACCCAAACGACAGCAACAGCGACAGCCACAUUGACUCUGGGAUGACUGGCUUCCUGGCCACCAGCAGACCUUCUGCCACCAGCUCUGGGGGACCCCCAUCUACCCCAGUGCCAUCCCAGGCUGCCUCUGCCACCAGCGUCUCAGCCCCUUCCAAGGGCAUUCCUCAGGGAACCUCACUGUCCACCCCCCAGGCCUCGGCCAAGUCCCCUGGGGCCCCAGAAAAUACCAUUGCUUCGUCCACCCCUUCUGAGACCGACAGAGCACCCAGCGUGUUCUCCACAGCACCAUCUACAGCCACUGGGAACUUCCUUAACCGCCUGGUCCCAGCAGGCACCUGGAAGCCUGGGCUGGCAGGGAAUGUCUCCCAUGUGGCCGAAGGGGACAAGCCCCAGCACAGAGCUACCAUCUGCCUGAGCAAGAUGGACAUCGCCUGGGUGAUUCUAGCCAUCAGCGUGCCCAUCUCCUUCUGCUCUGUCUUGCUGACGGUAUGCUGCCUGCGGAGGAAGAAGAAGACGGCCAACCCAGAGAACAACCUGAGCUACUGGAACAAUGCCAUCACCAUGGACUACUUCAACAGGCACGCGGUGGAGCUGCCCAGGGAGAUCCAGUCCCUGGAGACCUCUGAGGACCAGCUGUCAGAGCCACGCUCCCCAGCCAAUGGCACAUACAGUGACACAGGGAUGGUCCUGGUGAACCCCUUCUGCCAGGAAACACUGUUCAUGGGGAGUGACCAGGUGUCUGAGAUCUGACAGCAGCAGACCUCAUCUGGCCAGCCCCUCCUCUCUGUCUCGGAACCAUAACCAACACAAAUAUAUCUCCUAACUAUAAUCUUGGUGUAAUCCUUACUCAACCGAGAAUGUUUUUGGCUUUUUUUUCCCUAAGAAAUCGUCAACAUCUUUUUUACAAGUGUGGUUUAAAAAGAAAAAAAUAAAUAAGUCCUUUACAGAAAAACCCAUGGUUUAUAAAAAAAAAAGUAAUAAAGGUAUUUCUAAGCAAAGCAGUGGUAUUGAUUGCUUCUCUCAAUACUGUUCCUGAACUCUUGGCAAUCCCACAGCCCCAGAGGAAGGAAGAGAGUGACUGGAAGAGUGUUGUGAAAAUGACUAAGUGCUACCUAGAGCCUGGGUUCCUCUCUCCUCCUCUGCCAUCUGCAUAGCAUCAAGGGGACUGGGUCACCUGGAGGUACAGGAGUUGGAGGAAAGGGGCAGUUCAUCACCCAGUGGAUGAGUGCCCCCAAUCCUACUCAAGGCCAGCAGGACUGGCCACCCAGUUAUGGAGGCAGGCACAGGCAGAAGCCUGUGAGCGGGACACUGAGCAUCCUUAGGCCAUGGCCCCCAACACCAUCUACCACAGAGCCUCUAUUGUGCUGGCUCCAGGAUCGAUGCUCCCAGUGAAUGAGGCUCCCCGUUCCACCCACCCAUGCAUCCUCUCCAGCCCCCACAUCUGCAUUAAACACUGUGCCUUUCUCUGGAGAGGGCCCCUCAGAACGUUUAUCCUCCUUCAAGGAGUAAAUGUUCACUGGAGUUCAGCUUUGUCUUCUCAAAAGUAUUGCAUUGCCCCUGCCCCCAACUCCAAGAUCCCCCUAGGAAAAUGCUUAGGAGGGCUGGAGGUGCCAAACUGUGUUUUCAGAUCCUUCCCCCUACUGUCUAAAGACAAGGAGAUCACCAAAGCAGGGAUGCAGGGGAAGAAGUCAGUCUGAUAUCCACCACCCCCACCUCUGAGCGUUGCAGCCCUGCAGGGUGGGUCAACAGGCGAACUUGACAUUCAGCUGUCAGCUCCCAGCUCCUCCCCUGCACCCUCAUCUUCCCAGCCCAGGCUGUGUCCACCAGGGUUUAGACCCUCAGAGACCCAAGAGAGGCUUCAGAUAGGGCUGCUUCUCCCUGCUUCCCCCCCCCCCCAAUACAUAGUGACCAGGAGAGAAGAUAACCUGCUUUGACACUUUCUUUCUCUAAAACAAAAAUAGUUUGAUAGUAUAUUUUGAAUAUAGAUGUUCUUAUAGUCAGACUGGGAACUGAACUUGAAUGUUGGUUUCUAUGUUGUGUGUUGUUGGCUGUGGUCUUUGAAUCAUGACUUUUUCCUUUCUUCUGCCAUUCUCUUUUAAAAAGGAAAAAAAAAAAAAAAAGAUGGCCUUCAAUAAUACAAGUUCUCUGUGUUUUAUGGACUAGCUUCCCACACAUUCAGUGGUUGUCUCUGUUCAAAGACUCUUCAGCUCAUAAAGAAGCAGAUUCCAUGUUGUUGUGAGAUCCAUCUUCCAUGUGCUGCUGCCUGACCUUUGGAUCGUCUCAUAACCUUUCUAUUAACUGCUGCCCUUAAUGUCAAUGUGUCUGUAUAUUGAAAGAAAACUGUUUGUAAAGUUAAAUGUAUAUAUAAUAUAUGUAAGCAAAGAUACAUAUGUUAUAUAUAUACAUAUGUGGAAGUAUGAUUUAUUUUUCCUUAUCCACAGAAUUCAGCUACCAUGUAUAUAUAAAUAAACUUAUUUUAUU